GAGCAAGUCGCGCUAGGCAAAAUAGAGGUUUGGUUUAAGCGUACAGAGGAUAUAGUAGCAGAUAGGCUUACUAAAGCUCUAAAAGGACCGAAACACGCUAAGUUCUUAAAGCUGUUAAACCUACACGCUGUAGCUAUUCUAGUCACCUCUUGA